AAUGACAGUCUGUGCUUUUCUUUUCUUUUCUUUUUUUCAGGUUUUCUGUGAGAAAAGCUGACAUUUGGCUAUGAGCAAGUUCUGGUUUAACUUCCCCUUGCCUUUGGCUGCAUUAUACAUCACUUCACUAUGUCUAAAACAUGCAGCUUUGGCGGUACAGGUGACAUCCACAGGACCACAGACGGUGAAGAAAGCUCAGGGGGAGAGUGUUACUCUGAGCUGCACAUACAGCUUGGACGCCUCAGAUGUCGGAGACCUGGACAUUGAGUGGACACUCGUCAGUCAAGACAUGACCCAGAAAGAUGAGCUGAUCUUAUCCUACACUGGAGGGAAACAGUACCAGCUAGGAAGCCCAGACUUGAUGAGUCGCUUGAAGUUUGUUGGCGACCCGAGCCUAGGCGACGCCACGGUCAGCAUUUCCAGUGUCAAGGUCUUGGACACUGCAACGUACCAAUGCAAAGUGAAGAAAGCACCAGGCGUCGAUUCGAGGAAAGUCACUGUAGUAGUGCUAGUAAGACCAUCGCCCCCUAAAUGUUGGGUGGAAGGUAGCGAGGAGAAGGGUGGAACCGUUUCGCUCCGCUGCAAAUCUUCCCAGGGUUCAUCUCCUCUAAAAUAUGCAUGGACCAAAGAAAGUGGAAACCUGCCACCAACUGCAACACAGAAUCCCCAGACUGGAGAGCUGCUAAUCGGAAAUCACAGUGAGAGCUACACAGGGAGGUACCUUUGUGAGGUCAGCAAUGAAGUAGGCACUGAACGAUGCACAUACGCCCUUCAAGCAUAUAACCCAACCAAUAAAGUGGGAGUGAUUGUGGGAGCUGUGAUUGGUGCAUUGCUGUUGUUUCUCCUCCUCCUUUUCCUGAUCUGGCUCCUGAUUUGCUGUUGCAACAAGAGGCGCUAUGAAAAAGAGCUUGCCAACGAGAUCAAGGAGGAUGCUCCAGCUCCAGAGAGUCGCCCAGGAAGCCGUUUCUCCAGCUUCCGUUCUGCACAGAAUUAUUACGGCCAUCAGGGGAUCCAUUACAACUCGGUUGGCAAAGCCGAUGUCACACAGGCCGAAUCCGGUCCCAGCAGUACCCAAACCGAACGCAGCAGAAUCCAAAGGGAAGCCAACAUACUUGCAUCUGAUCACAGGCCUCCGCUCAGAUACGACAGCAAAUAUGGAUAUGCCGUAUAACCACCAACGUCCUGCCAGGGGACAUGGCACUGAAAAGAUCAAACUCACUCAAAAGAUGCAAUACUGCGCAAGACCAUGGCAAGAUUCGAGGGCAUUAAAACUGCACAGUAUAUUCACAUUUGUGAAUUUUCUGGAUAAAGAUCUGAUAAUACAUAUGUAUAGUUAAGUUGAUGUAUUUUUGUAUGAUUGUUUUAUAAACAUCUAGGUGAAAUGUGGUCUUGGUAAUUUAAAUAUAUUAACUAACAAGCCUUUUAACUUCUUUAUAACAAUAAAUUCAGCCUUUUAAGAUUGUUAGUAAGAGAGUAAACAUCAUAUGAGUGCUUUACAAGGGUGAUUGUAUUAAAAAAAAUCGAAUUACAUUUUAAAAAUUAUAUAAAAUUAUUUUUAUUUUUAUUUUAUUUUUUUUAAAUGGUCAAAAUUUGAGUAUGAAAAAUAAUAAUAAUAACAAAAUUAAUCAUGCCCCCAAAUUUUGUAUUAAGAGAGGUUCCUAUCAUCAGAUCAGCUUCGAGGACCUGACUGCACAGGACGAGCUUUUUGAGUUCAAAAGAGCCAGAUGUGGUGAAACGAUACGACAUGUCCCGGUCCUGUUCCCUCAAGUCAAUUUUAUUUAUAUAGCACUCUUCACAAUGGACAACCUUUCAAAGCAUCUUUGCAGGAAAACAUUGUAAUAAUAAUGCCCAAAAUUCCAUAAGGUCCUCAUUUGAAAGUUCAAUUAAAAGAAAAUGAUGUCUUAGUAUAUUUUUCUGUAAAACCCAGUGAGCAAGCCAACUGAAGCAAGGAAACUGAAAAGUUCACAAAGUGUCAGGACUAGAGAAAAAGCAAAAUCCCUGGGAGAAACCUCAACUUUCCUGUCAGUUCUCCACAAUCCUAAAACAUCUUUAAAAAUAUCCUAAAAAACAGUUACUGUGGUAUAGACAUUGAAAAGCAGCAAGAGGCCUAAGUUUGUUUAAACUAAGUAUUUAAAUAAAACA